AUGACAACUGUAAGGUAUGCGUUUGACGUGAUUGGUGAAUUAUUUUUCGGUAAAGACUUUGGCUUCAUGAAAGAGAAGACAGACGUGGGAAACUAUAUGAAAGCGAUUCAUGAAAUAUGCAUCAAGAAUACGAUCGCCGGUACCGUGCCUUCUUAUUUAUCUGGGCUGACCUUCCCAACUCUCACAUUGUUCUGUCCAUCGUUCCGUGGGACUAUUGAGGCGAUCAUCAAUUUAUCUGUCUCGUCGAAAACAGCAAUGGAUAGACGAAUGCGAGAAAUUGAGGAAAAUUCGGAUGAUCGGCGGGAUAUUAUUCGAAAGUUGAUGGAGAUCAGCGCCGAUCGAGGAGAGAAGGUCAAUUUCAAUACGAAUCAUAUAUACGCUGAAUCUCACAGCUCAUUUUUUGCGGGUGCCGACACAACUGCUAUUGCAAUGUCGAGUAUUUUGGGUCAUCUGAUUCGAAACCCCAUUGCUUAUGGAAAGCUAACCAGUGAAAUUGACACUGCCACGGCGGAGGGCUCAUUUUCUAUGCCUAUCAAAUAUAAAGAGGCUAUCAAACUCCCAUAUCUGCGAGCAUGCAUCAACGAAGGAAUGCGCUUACACCCCAGUGUGGGCUUGACCAUGCCUCGACACGUUCCACCUGGCGGAACGACAAUCGAUGGUGUUUAUAUUCCAGAAGGAUAUAUUGUCGGCAUGAAUCCGGCAGUUGUUCAGUAUGACAAGAAUUUGUUUGGGCUAGAUGCUGAACAAUAUAAUCCCGAUCGCUGGUUAGGAGCAGGUGCACCGCAGAUGGAAAAGGCGAUGCUGCAUUUCGGGAUUGGAACUCGCAUUUGCAUUGGGAAAAAUGUAAGACUUUUCGUCUCAUAUAUUCGCAAUCCUCAAGUUUGA